UUACUUUGUUUUGGUUGCGAAAAGUUAUGCGCUAUCACUUGAGCCCUUUUGCCGUUCGUCCAACUUUGUGAGUACUUGUGUUGUAAUGGAAAAAGACAGCGUUUUAUCCACUUUUUAAUGACUGAAUGCUGCAGGAAUCGCAACAGUCCGGUGCUCUGCGGAUUCUGGCGUCGAUGGAAGUGACCAAACUUUUGCUUCGCUUUACAAAUGCCACAGCUAAGUGCAAGUUUUAAGUGCAGUCAGUAAUAUUUUUUUAUUAUUAUUAUUAUUUUUGCUGCCAUUGUUCUUUCAUUCGGUUAUUUUUUACAAGCCUGAGCUCACUUGUAAGCCAUCCAAGUCGCUCACUGAUUCAGUUUCCCUCCGUGCUUUGGUUAUUUAGGCCACAUAUAGGCCCCCAUAUAGAUUCCUCUAUAGACAUGUUUAGAGGCGAAUUCAUCCACACACGACAAUGCAGUUAUUCAUAAACACUGUUGAAAGUUGAAGCCAAGAAAAAAAAAAAGAAGAAAAAAAAAAAACUGGCAACCCAAAGAGGGAAAAUCUGCAAAGUUAGCAGGAAGAGAGGCCAUCAAAAUCACGGAAAUCGCACGGUCUUUUCCUCUGGUGUGCUGUUCGCGUACAGAUGGAUUUCAUACAGGCCACACGGUUGUUGUUACACCUUUUGUAGCUCAAGUGUCGUCAAAGCGAGAGGUUUCCACCGGGACUGAGCACGACCACACGGCUCUCCGGUGAGCUGACAUCCACCGGGGCGGUUUGGGAAAAUGUUGUUUUGGAAAGUAAUGUUUACAGGAGCUCCGCCGAGGCAACAGCACAGGACUUUCGGGUUACGUUUGGAGAAGAGUGAGGUGGACUUUUCCGUUGGAACAUACUUUCUGUGAAACUCCAACCGGUCUUAUCUGAUGUGACAUUGAUUUUUUUUUUUUUUUUUUUUCACGACCAGGACAGUGUUGAGCUUGUGUUUUUACUAACUUAGCCUUACCUGGGGGGGUCAGCCCCGCCAUGGCGCCCACACACUCCUCGGUGUCUCGGUCCGCUUGAACAGGCAGCGGACAUGAAUAACGGCUGAGCCCGCCGCGUCAUCCCUGCCGCGCGACACAGGUGACAGAGGUCAGCCGCGAGGAGCCGCGUCGUCAAGGCAACAGGCUGUGGGUGGGCUGGCACUUCAGAGGCAACUUUCUGAAGAUCGGUUUAGAGACCACGUACACACACAUCGCCAAAAUGAAUGAGAGGCAGGCUCUCCACUCGAUAAUGAAGGACCUGGUUGCCCUCCAGAUGACACGGCGCCAGCCUGUGCCAUCGUAUGACACUGGCAAACCCAAGACACCGGUGCAGGCCAACAGACAGGACGAUGUCAGGAUAAAAUUUGAGUUCUCAGGAGAGAGGAGAAUCCUGAUGUUUGGACGGCCUGUGCUGUUCGAUGAUAUCCAGCAGAAAGUCAAGACUGUUUUUGGCCAGCAACUGGACCUGCACUAUAUGAACAAUGAGCUGUCCAUCCCUCUGCGAGGUCAGGAUGACCUGGACAAGGCGAUCGACCUGCUCGACCGAAGCUCCACCAUGAAAAGCAUUAAGAUCCUGCUGCUCACACAGGAACACAGCAAUGCCUCUCCCUCCUCCCACCACACGGUGUGUAAGCAGGUGCGGAUCAAGGCCUCUCAGUCCACGGGGGAUGUCAGCACUGUGUACCAGGCCUCCGAGCCCAGGGGGCGCCAUCUAUCGACUGGUUCUCAGAACACGGGGCGUAGCUCCCCGCCACCUGGCUACGUGCCUGAACGCCAGCAGAGGAUCGCCCGCCAGGGUUCAUACACCAGCAUAAACAGUGAGGGGGAGUUCAUCCCUGAGACCAGCGAUCAGUGUGUGCUGGAUCCAUGGAGCAGUGCCGAGAACUCCGUCUCUGGAAGCUGUCAGUCUCUGGACAGCAACUCAGACAGCCCUUCGCUGAGGAAGUCUCGUAUGCACAGAGCCAAGAGCUACCCUGAUAAUCGGCAGGAGUGCUCAGACCGGGAGAAUCAUGUGUAUGACAGGGUGGUGGGGAAGGGGGGCACCUAUCCCCGGAGGUACCACGUCUCCCUGCACCAUAAGGACCACAGUGAAGGUCGACGGACGUUCCCACGGAUACGCCGCCCUCAGGGGAACCUGUUCACCCUGGUGCCCUCGCGGCGUUCGCUUAAUGGCAGCGAGGAGAGCCUGGGCAGCUGGCAGCUGGUCGAUGCCCAGGGCAGGCUCCGCCCCCAGGAGCGUCCUGUCGCCCACAAGUCGCCUAGUGCUCCAGUGACGUGGCGGCGGGGGAAGCUGCUGGGCCAGGGAGCGUUCGGCAGGGUUUAUCUUUGCUACGAUGUGGAUACUGGGAGGGAGCUGGCUGCCAAGCAGGUCCAGUUUGAUCCUGACAGCCCUGAGACCAGCAAGGAGGUGAGCGCUUUGGAGUGUGAAAUCCAGCUGCUGAAGAAUCUGCAUCACGAGCGCAUCGUUCAGUACUACGGCUGUCUGCGGGACCACAACGAGAAGACCCUCACCAUUUUCAUGGAGUACAUGCCAGGGGGUUCAGUCAAGGACCAGCUGAAGGCUUACGGGGCUCUGACAGAAAAUGUGACCCGGAAGUACACCAGACAGAUCCUGGAGGGCAUGUCCUACCUGCACAGCAACAUGAUCGUUCACCGGGACAUCAAAGGUGCCAACAUCCUGCGGGAUUCAGCAGGCAACGUGAAGCUGGGAGAUUUCGGCGCCAGCAAGAGGCUGCAGACCAUCUGCAUGUCUGGCACCGGCAUCCGCUCUGUGACCGGCUCCCCCUACUGGAUGAGCCCGGAGGUGAUCAGUGGAGAGGGCUACGGCAGGAAGGCCGACGUCUGGAGCCUUGGCUGUACCGUGGUGGAGAUGCUGACGGAGAAGCCUCCCUGGGCUGAAUACGAGGCCAUGGCGGCCAUAUUUAAGAUAGCCACCCAGCCCACCAACCCCCUGCUGCCCUCGCACACCUCCGACCAGACACGGGAUUUCAUCCGCUGCAUCUUUGUGGAGGCGAAGCACAGGCCCAGCGCCGAGGAGCUGCUCAGACAUCCCUUCUCACAGAUUUUGUGCUGAGAUCCUCCUGGUCUCUGAACUUAAACCAGGUUUCUGAACUCAAACCGUGAUGUAGCUCAGUGGUCUUGGUCAUCUGUAGCUUUCAUGACCCCGUCGGCGGAAAUCCAGGCUCUUCCGGACAUGGUGUCACCUCAAACGCAUUGAGCCUUCGCUGCCAUUCUUCCAGGAACGUUAAACUUCCUGUCACACAGCUCCAGAUGGCAGAGCUGUUGUUGCUGUUGACAAUCACAGUCAAUGUGAUGCCUUGAAAACCCACCCCAGUGCAGCACAUGCUCUUACAAGAGUCACCACCAGAUGGAAACAAAACACAGAGUAUGAAGUACCUGGUUCGUUGGUGAUCCUUGUGAGACCUACACACACAACCACACACACACACACACACACGCACACACUCAAGAAUGAUGCACUCCAAAGAGAUCUUCAUGGGUCACACACCAAUUGUGUCCUUAUAAACAUUCUCAAGUAUCUACUCCUGUGUUUACAUUCACUUGUUAUGAGGCCAUUAUGAGAGACGCUUGGAUCCCUGACGUGUUUGACAUGAGUCUGAACCGUCAGGUGUCACGUCAAGUGACGUCUCCAAACUACAGCUGAAGCUUCAUCCAGUGCUGUGGCUGACACGGUGCGCAACCAACAGUGUUACAAAGACAGCAUCUGCUUAUCUCCGUCCCUACCUUUCUUUUUGACAAAGAUUCUUUCAUAAAGGAAAAAUCCACCCUGAAAUGCUUUUACACUGUUGGGGAAAAAAAACAAAAAAAACUUUUAGUGAUAUACCUUACAUUUCUGAGCCCACUUUGUCAUUUGGUGUAUCUUCCUCCUGUUGUCCUCCUCCUGUUGAAAGAGACCAAAGGUAGACAACAUGAAGUUGACACAUUUCCAAAAAGCUCCUGGCAUAUUUUUAGCUAUCUAGAUCAUGUCAGGGUUUUGGUGUCAGUGCAUCAGAAUCAAGGAGAAUGGGCUUCUCUCAAGACUUAACAUUUUACACUUUCAACGGCCAAACGGGGGAAAAUCCAUCAUAGAAAUGGUGAGAAAAAAAAAAAUACUAAUUUCUUCACACAAUACACCAGAAUGCAUUGCAGCCACGACACGCUCUGUUUUGGAGUGAGUCAUCUCUCGAUUCUUGCUCUUUUCACUGUCACUAUUGUUCUCUCUGCCUGCAUGUAAACUCCUCAGCUGAAUGCAAAAAGUUGCAGCCUGUCUUUGAGGGUUGCUGAAAGGCCUUCUGGGAAAUGUAGGAAACCAUUAACUGAACGGUAGACGUGGCGUAUUUAUGGAGAGUUAGUGCAACAAAAAAGUAAAAUAUAGCACCUGUAAUGCAUUAAACAUGAAAGAUCAGUGAUAUUUUACAGUGUGAGAUCUAAGCUUGGAUUUUUCCUUUAGGAUUUUUUUUUUUUUUUUUUUUUUUAAUUAAUAAUGACUCCACCCCCCCACCCAUUCCCAUGGUGCUACCUUCGACACGUGCCUUAUUCUCCUUUCUUCUUCUUCUUCUUUUUUUUUUUUCUGGCAACUCCUCAGUAUGACCUCAGUAAGUAUUCUCUGCCUAGAUUGUGCCAAAAAAGCAGUGACAGGAUUUGUUUUGGUGAUAUGUGACGAUGAAACAAAUGUUUUGUAAGCUCGAACUAUAACCCAAAGGCCUUGAUCUUAAUGUGAUCAUGUUGGCCUGACAGUUUAUUGCUCAUGUGUGUCUGGGCCAAACAUCCCUGACUGAGAAGCCUUGGAUUAGGAUCCAUUUAAAUCAGAUGCACUUUUAUGUAAAAUGAAUGUUUUUGGGUUUUUGUUCUCCUUACCAAAUUUAAUUUUUUUUUUUUUUUUAAACUUUAAAUGUGAAAAUUCUUUCACUUUUAUUUAUAUCCCCGUGCCAAUUCAAUUUGGUUUUAUAAGCAAAUAUAUAUGUAUAAAUAUAUUUUUUAUAUAAUAGACCGUGUCAAAUCUAAUGAUACUUUCAGGACAUAAUGUCUUUAAAAGUAAAACAUCGAAAGCAGCUGGUUUUGCAGAGAUUACAGAAUUGGGGUUUAUAAAUGACAAAUGGGUGGAAAACGAACUCUGGCUGCCUAGUUCUUGUUCCAGUGGAAAAAAAGCAAAAAAAAAAAAAAAGCUUUCCCUACAUUCGUAGCUAUACAUUAAAUGAAUGUAGCACCUGACAGGUAAACCAGUGGAAACUUUGCAUCAUUUGGCUGCACUGCUGUGUUUAACUUUGAAAUGUCUUUGAGCUCUUAUGAACUAGACUGUUAGAGGCGUUGAAGGUUCAAGUUACAUAAGUAAUGAAUGAGAAAAAA